ACGUUCUCUAAGCUCUGCCUUCAUUCUGCAUUUCCUUCCAGAAAGGUUGCAUCUCACUGGCAAGGUUAUUAGAGCUCCUUGUAUCACAGUCCAACCCCAGGUCAUUUAUUAUUUUUUUUAUUCGUUGUUCAAGUGGUGGAGCUUAAAAUAGGACUAAGGAAUCCGCGGUUUUGCACCUGGCUAGGCGCUCAGCAGGAAUGGGUUCCCCCGCACUCCUCUCCCUUCCAGGGAGCCCCACGCCUCGGCCGUGCAGUGCGGCCGCGCGUGCGCCCGGGCCCCCAGCGCCCUCGCCUCCCGGUUGCCGUGGGAACCUCAGAGCACCACAGCGCCCGAAGACGCAGCAGUGAGCCAGUACCAAGGCCAGAGCAUGGAGCUGCCAGAUCCGGUCCGCCAGAGGCUGGGAAGCUUCAGCCGGACCGUGUUCAGUGACUCCAGCCGGACCGGGCCGGAGUAUAACGAGGGUCCGGAUAAUGAAAUGGUUUCCAGUUUGGCAUUGCAGAUGUCACUUUAUUUUAACACUUAUUUUUUCCCACUUUGGUGGGUGAGCAGCAUUACGAUGCUUCAGAUGAAGUAUUCAAUCUUGCCUGAUUACUACAAAUUCAUUGUGGUCACCGUUAUCAUCCUAAUAACCUUAAUUGAAGCUAUCAGGUUGUAUCUGGGCUACAUGGGGAACCUGCAGGAGAAGGUUCCUGAGCUGGCUGGCUUUUGGCUUUUGAGCCUUCUAUUGCAGUUGCCUUUAAUUCUAUUCUUGCUCUUUAAUGAAGGCCUAACGAAUCUGCCCUUGGAAAAAGCAGUACAUAUCAUCUUCACUAUAUUCCUUACUUUCCAAGUUGUUUCAGCAUUUCUUACCCUAAGGAAAAUGGUAAAUCAGUUGGCAACUCGUUUCCACCUUCAAGACUUUGACCGGCUCUCUGUGAGCAGAGGAGACAUGAGAAGAGUGAGAUCCUGUAUAGAAGAGAUUUGACCCAGUGCUGUUGAGUGAAAAUCUGAAAGAUCAUUCUAGAAAACUGCAGGAAUUAGGAAAACACCAGAGGGCUAGCACGAGAAAAAGGAUAAAGCAAGUGUUUUGAACUGUAUGCUCUCUGGCUCUGAAAUUCCAAGGUUGGGGGCAAUGAUAAGACUAUUUGCACAUCACAUGAAAGCAGUAAAUCAACCCUAAAGCCUACGUGUUGUCUACCUGAUGUCAAAUAUCUGAAAUUUUUUGUUGUUGUUGACUUUUUCAGGUGUGUAAAAACCUGUAUUGGUGGCAUUACAUCUUUACUGUAAUAUUUCUAGUUAGUGCCUAUAACUAGAAAUGUGUAUAUUUCUUUUAACCUUGUUGGCUAUCUAUGUGUUGGCAGUAUGUCUGAAGCGUGUGGAAAUGCUUGUCAGUAUUCCGAUGUAUUAGACUACAUUUGUAAACUAAGACACCAAAUUUUCAUGUCUGCUAGGGUUUUAGCUGUUAUGCUGAGGUUAAGAAGAAAACAGGUGGAUUAUCAUGCUAUUUAAGAAAUGUUUUUAUUCUAAAAUUGUUACUUUCAUAAAACCGUGUUCAGGGACUUCCCUGGCAGUUUGGUGGUUAAGACUUCACCUUCCAGUGC